GCGGGCGGCACACGGAUAUCGACCCAUUCAUCCACUCGGUCAGUCCUGCAGAACGGCAGCGGUAUUGGUGGAGGAAAAUCAGCUGAUGUCGGCGAGCAGGUGCCCCCAGGAAAGCACAAUACAAAAUCAAAGGUCCGCCGCUCUCACUGAAACUCAGUCGCGCAAACGCUGCGGUCUCCGCACUCGCAUCCUCCGCUGCUACGCAAGGAAGCAGGAGCAGCCCCAACAAAAUGAUCUCGGGCAUCGUGUACACGCUCAAGGGCGAGUUCAAGGCGCAGUCGAGGCAUCUCUCGCACGACAAGCCCGACCGCUUCAGCAAAAGUCAGUGGCACAGAUCCGAUUCAAAGACAUGCACCUCGCUCUACCUUUUCUACAAAUGGCUUAUUGCCGCGUACCUAUUCGUGGGCAUGGUGGUGACCCUAGUGGAUGUGCGCAUUCUGGGCAUGUUCCAAUGGCCGGAAAACGCCAUAUACCGGCUCAAGUGGGCGAUAUAUGUCACAAAUUGGUCCUCUGUCAUCCUGCUGGCACAAGCAGUCAUGUCAGCCAUCCUCGUCACCAAACAUCACUUGACCUCUGGUCAAUCAGACCAGAAAAUGACGAAACUGCACAAGAGUUACUGGUUGCUGAACAAUUUGGGGAACGUCUUGGGCCCCGCCGUCACCAUCCUCUACUGGACGACGGUCUAUGACCCUGCGAAAAAUAGUUUGGACUUCGCGAACGUGCACAACCACUUAGUGAACUCGGUGGUGGUGGUUGUCGACCUGGUGUUGGCGGGCCACCCCGUGCGCCUGCUGCACCUUUACCAGCCGGUGCUGCUCGCGCUGGGCUACUCGAUCUUCACGGCAGUCUACUUCCUUCUCGGGGGCACGAGCCGCGACAGCCAAGUCAACAUCUACCCGCUGCUCAACUGGCAGAGGCCCGGCCUGGCCGUGGCCGCCGUCGUGGCCGCCUGCCUGCUGCUCGUCGUGCUGCACACGCUCGUCUGGCUGUUUUACCUGCUGCGCCGCAAGGUCGCCGUCUCGCUCGUCCCGUCGGCGCACCGCGGUGCCGAGUACGCGGUGCAGCCAAACCUCGAGGCGCCCACCACGAUGCGCGAGAACAUCCAGCUCUGCUAAGCCGCCCCACACUGUGCUGCUCCAUUUAGUUAGGAAAUGAAUCGAAGAAAGAAUUUGCGAUUUUGUGAGACACUGUUCGAUUGCAUUUCAACUUAGACCUUCUCUGCAUUGUGUUCAUGAUUCAUGAGUUUGUUGGGUGCUAAAAUCGCAAAGAGGUUUAUAAAUAUUUUGGAAGUAAUUUUGAGCUGCGAGCUGAGGAAUAAAGUUGAUCUUGUUCCUAUUCAAAAGCAUCCACCAAAGCUAUAAUAAUAUUAUAUGUGAUUAUUCUCAGAAGAAAAGAGUUUCAUGUGAUAAAAAAAUCAAGCCCUGUUAUGAAGGGCUUUAAAAUCUCAAAUGUUGUCCUUUUUUCUCAAAUGAGCAUGAUAAUCUCUCAGUUUAUAUGUCGGUGUAAUUUAUUGAUUUAAUGGAGAGUAGACUGAGCAUCCAUUUUAGAUCUACCACUAGUCCAGAUGACCCACGGAGAGAGUGACUAACAACAAUUAGGAACUGAAGCAUUUAAAAUACAGCUCUCUAUUUCUCAUCUGUUUCCAUGUUUGCUACAGGAUACAUUUUGACAUGUCAUGACGAUGAAAUUGUUCUGUAAAUAUGUAUAAAUGUGCAUGUGCAAGGGGUAAAAAAGCAAUAAAAAAUAAUAUUGUGUCUGGAAA